AUGGACAAGUCCGAGAACUCGGGAGGCUCGCCAAGACCUGGGGACGUCAAGACUCUCGAUCUUGAACGGCUCGGGCAACACAGGCAACCGGCAUUCCCGAAUCUAAUGUGCGAAAUUAUGUUUUGCAGUUCGCUGCUAAUCUCUAUGCUGAUGGCGGAAUAUUUCAUCUCCGGGUUCAAUAUCGUCUUACCGGAAAUUGUUACUGCUCUUUCUAUCCCCAAAGGCUCUCAGACAUGGCCGGCAAGCGUGUUUUCUCUCGUCACGGGAUCAUUUCUCCUCCCGUUUGGGCGGCUGGCAGAUAUCUACGGCGCCUAUAUUGUCUUCACGUUGGGAAUGGCUUGGUUCUGUCUCUGGUGUCUCAUUACCGGUUUUAGCCAUACCUACACCAUGCUCAUCGUGGCAAGAGCGCUGGGUGGACUUGGCCCAGCCGCCUUUCUUCCCGCCAGCGUCAUGCUGAUUAGCAAGACUUACUGCCCCGGUCCGAGGAAGAACCUCGUAUUUGGCCUGUACAGCGCCUUUGCACCUAUUGGUUUCUUUCUUGGCAUCAUUACGGGCGGCUUGACCGGCCAGUUUCUCUCCUGGCGCUGGUAUUUCUGGCUGGGAUCUAUCGUCUUGUUCCUCGCCUCUCUGAUUUCUUUCAUUGCCGUCCCCAAUGACAGAGCGGAGCUACAACUCGAAAACGAGAACGUCAAAAUGGACUACUGGGGCGUCGCAAUGAUUGUACCCGCGCUGGUCUUAUUGACAUUUGCAAUCACCGACGGCAGCCACGCACCAAAUGGUUGGGCCACUCCGUACAUAAUCGUUAUCUUUGUCUUGGGCAUAUUAUUUCUUGGCGGCGCCGUCUAUGUGGAGGGAUGGGUUGCGUCGCAGCCCCUUCUCCCAUUUGACUUAUUCAAGCCAAAGUACAUGAAAAGAUUGGCAGUGUCGCUCUUCUUUGCCUACGGGGUGUUCGGCAUCUACUUGUUUUACGCCAGUCUGCACAUUGCUAAUGUAAUGGGAGCCUCGGAGCUUGUGACCGCCGUUUGGUUUGCUCCAAUGGCAGCCGGCGGAAUUAUCCUAGCGACGAUUGGAGGAUUCACAUUACAUCUACUUCCAGGCCGGAUUUUGCUCAUCAUAUCUGGUGUUGGUAGCGUUGCCAGUGUCCUUCUCUUUGCCCUGAUCCCCGAAGGCGCCAACUACUGGGCAUUCGUGUUUCCAGCCAUGGUCGGGGCGACCGUGGGCGUUGACAUCACCUUUCUCGUAUCCAACAUUUUCAUCACUGCCAACGUGCCGAGACAUAGGCAAGGCCUUGCUGGGGCACUAAUAUACAGCGUUUUGUUUCUGGGAAUAAGCUUCUUCCUAGGUCUCGCAGACCUGGCGGUGUCCGAGAGCGAGAAGCGAAGCAUCAAGGACAGUCCCAGGAUUGCCUUUAUGUUUGCAAUAGCAUGCGCCGUGGUGGCGUUAUUAAUAUUUAGCACAAUUAGAAUUCCCAAGGCCGAGGCGGAUUCAACACCAGAGGAGUGUCUCACCAAGCCGGGGGACGAUAACUAG